AUGCAGACAACGCCCCCCGCCCUAAGCCGCAUCAAGGGCGCAGCCUCGCGCGGCGCCUCGCCCCUUUCCGGCGUCACCCUCCCCACCUCGUCCACCUCGUCCCCCUACGGCACACCCACCGCCUCGACGACCAAGCGUCGCGGCUCGUCGUCCCCUCCAGCCGUCGACCGCGCCGCCCCGCAGUCGACCGCCGACCGCAACGCGCAGCGCCAGCGCGCCGACGACGACCGCGACGGCGAGGGUGCCCCGGCGAGGGAGCGCGACGAGCGGCGGGAGCGCGACGAGACCGAGGCGGUGCGGGUCGCGGCACCUCCCGACGUGAGGCUCGACACGCUCGCCGAGUUCGGGAUCCCGCCCGUGCCGACUGGGCCGUGCAAGCCGUCCGUCCAGGCCAAGCUCGCCAACUUCCACGCCCUGCGCCUGUCGCGCAACCUGCACUUCAACGACUCGCUCCACGCGUCAAAGGCGUUCCGCAACCCGCGCAUCUACGCCAAGCUCGUCGAGUUUGUCGACGUCGACGAGAGCGGCACCGGGUGGGACAAGGAGGUGUGGGACCCGAGGGGCUUGGGCGAGGGAGCGACGGCGGCGAGGAUCGCCGUCGACCAAAAGGCCCGUUCCGAGGCCAAAGCGGCACAACCCGCUGGCUCGCGCAGCUCGAUCGCCUUUACCUCGUCGGCCACGUCCUCGGCGUCGACGUCGGCGACACGUGCGGGGGCGGACGGGCGCAACGGCGAGCGGGAUCGGCGGGACCGCGAGCGGGAGCGCGAGCGCGAGAGGGAGAGAGAGCGGGACCGGGACCGAGGAGCGGGCGCGAGAAAGGGCGGCAGCCGGUGGGACAGGGAGCGGAGCCGCAGCCCGAGGAGGCGGUGA